CCACGGCCGCCGCCUCCCCAUCCACGAUUCAUCCGGGCUCGAGGAGAGAGUGACGACUUGGAGGUGGGCAGCACCGCAGCAGCCUCCGCUCCUCGUCCUCGUCCUCCCCACGCGCGCGCAGAUCCCGACGCCGACGCCUUGCGCCCGACGACUCCAGAGUCCACAUCCACACGCCAAGCGAGGGGGUGCAUGCGCAUCUAGAUCCGCGCCGCCAAGCUGACCAUUCGAGCCAACGCCAUCUUCUCCCCGCGGUACGGGCUCGGGCGCUGUCGUUAUUACCGCGCGUAGUCGUAGCGGAGGCAGUAGCGGGACGAGCGGACGGGUGGCGAUGGCUGCGGCGGGGAGGAAUGCGGGCGUCCUCGCGCUCUUCGACGUCGAUGGCACCCUCACAGCGCCCCGCAAGGUGGUGACGCCUGAGAUGCUAGAGUUCAUGAAGCAGCUGCGCCAGCAUGUGACUGUGGGCGUGGUGGGCGGAUCCGAUCUGGUGAAGAUUACCGAGCAGCUCGGCAAAACAGUUCUUACUGAUUACGACUACGUCUUCUCUGAAAAUGGCCUCGUUGCACACAAGAACGGGGAGCUAAUUGGAACUCAAAGCUUGAAAUCUUUUCUCGGAGAAGACGAGCUGAAGGAAUUUAUUAACUUCACCCUUCGUUACAUUGCUGACUUGGAUAUCCCAAUUAAAAGGGGUACCUUCAUAGAGUUCCGAAGUGGAAUGAUUAAUGUCUCUCCUAUAGGGAGAAACUGUAGUCAAGAAGAACGUGAUGAAUUUGAGAAGUACGAUAAGGUGCAUAACAUUCGACCUAAAAUGGUAUCUGUGCUUCGUGAAAAGUUUGCUCACUUGAACUUGACAUUUUCCAUUGGAGGGCAGAUUAGUUUUGAUGUAUUUCCCCAAGGUUGGGACAAAACGUACUGCUUGAGAUAUCUUGAGGAAUUUCAAGAAAUCCAUUUCUUUGGGGAUAAGACCUACAAGGGUGGCAAUGAUUACGAGAUAUUUGAAUCUGAAAGAACAGUUGGUCAUACAGUUACCAGCCCCAAUGACACAGCACAGCAAUGCAGAUCUCUGUUCAUGUCAAAUUAAUCUCCAGCUUAUUUGCGCCAUAUAUUCUUUCACUUCAAAUUUAUCAUGAGCCCACCAAGUAUAAGCUAAUGGUCUAGCAGAUCUUUCUUGACUUUUUUUGGGGGUACAUUUUUCAUGAUGGUCACAUGCAACCAUUUUUGCUUCGAAGUCCAAACAUAUUGUACUACUUAAGAUUCACAGAUUUUCAGACUGCAUGUAUACACUUGGUGAAAAUAAAUGAGUUACCUAUUUUUUUACUGUUA